AUGAAUUGGCUUCCGUUAGAGUCGAAUCCUGAUGUGCUCAACAAGCUUAUGCAGAGAUUGGGAGUACCGAAACGAUGGAAUGUGGUUGAUGUGUACGGGUUAGACCGUGAGUCGCUACAGUGGGUACCACGACCGGUUCUAUCGGUCAUACUUCUGUACCCAUGCAAUGAUAAAAUCAACGAAUAUAUGGAAGAAAAGUGCAAGGAGAUAAAGGACAAAGGACAAGUAAUUUCACCGCAGCCGUACUUCUUCAGACAAACAGCCGCGAACGCCUGCGGCACUGCGGCCUUGAUUCACAGCAUCGCUAACAACAGGGAUCAAAUUGUCCUUAACGAAGGUGGAUUGAAGAAGGCAUUGGAAGAAACGGAGAAUGCCACCCCCGAAGAACGUGGCGAACUUUUGCAGAGCAAUUGCCAGGAUAUUGUCGACGCCCAUAAGGAACUAGCAGGGGAAGGCCAGACCCAAGUGAAUGCAGAUGAAGGGUCCAGUCACCAUUUUAUCGCUCUCGUUCACAACAACGGGUACUUGUAUGAGUUAGAUGGCAAGAAGGAAUUUCCGAUAAACCACGGACCCACCGAACCGGGAAAACUUCUGGAAGACGCAGCAAAAGUGUGCAAAGAAUACAUCGAAAAGGCAGAAAAUGAUAUUAAUUUCUCUGUCAUGGCUUUGACAUCGUGCAUUCAAUAA